AACCUCUUGUGCGCCUUUAGAACGGCAAGAAUUCAGGAGAAAACUUCAUUCUACAUAAGCGUCGUUUCUCUUUUUUUUUGCUCUCUUUCUUUCCUCCUUUGUUUUUCCCUGACAGUUGUAUAUAUCCAUAUAUUUAUAUAGUAACAAUAAUAAUCUAGUGGUGAAUGGAAAAGACUGUUUUUCUCGCCGUAUUACUACUACCAAGCUACAUCUCCUUAUUCACGGAAGCCGUCCGGCCAUCUACAUCCCGGGUUGGGCAGGGAUGUGCAUUAUUACGAGACACAACAAUCUAUUGUUACGGCGGGGCCACUUAUAGUCCCAACGCCGAUGACGACGACGACCAUGUCGCCACGACAUAUGCUGACCACUAUGCUCUCGAUAUCGGAUCCAUGACUCAAGUCGAUGACAGCUCGCUUGAUGGUUGGCGCCAGUUGAAUGAUGGCGACGGCGGACCAAACGCACAUUUUGCUAUUGCGCCGUUACCGGAUCAAUCUGGAUAUUUGAUGCAUGGCGGCUGGGGCCGUCAUGAUAGGCGGACCUAUUUACGAAACCAGACCAUGCUAUUCCAUGGAGAUUCGGAAACCUGGGAAAACAUUCCAGCAGCUAAUAACGCACGAGUGGAUCUCACUGCCAGGAUGCCAGGUGUUCUAGGUGCUAAUGAUACGAUAUGGAUCUGGGGUGGUGAAGUAGAUGAUCUGGCCGACAGCGAAGAUAUCCCGGAACCCGAAAGUAUACGGUCGUUCCACAGCCAGACGCAACAAUUGACACAGACACGCAUUCCAACGUUUCCGCAAGGCGCAUUCACACGCGUGGGCCACUCAGCAGUACUGGCACGCGACGGCCGAACCGUGUUCUAUUUUGGCGGCAUGAAUGCAGAAAGCGAAGAACGAGAAAUGGAUUAUGAUGAGGAUGGUUACUCCAACGCAACCAUGAGUGAUAUCCUUGUGUUUGAUACAGCCAAUCAGAGCUGGAGUAGACGCACGAGCACAGGUGAUGUUGUUCCUACGCCAAGAUCUUUUCAUACCACGACGCUCAUUCCCAACUCGGACGAUAUCUUACUUUAUGGCGGUCGAAGGAUGGGAACUGAUCUUCCGGUCGAUGACUUUAUCUAUAAAUACAACACCGAAAACAAUCAGUGGACUCAAAUCAAUUUGCCACAAAAUGGCGCAGGUCCACGCUGGGGUCACUCUGGUACAAAAGUGAAAAUAGAGUGUCCGAAACCCGGGGAGUAGCUUAUAUCUUCAUUAACGCCCAAAAAUGGUAUAAUAGCUGUACUACAUCAGGAUCGAUCACUAUUUAUCUUGUUUGGCGCCAAUGCACAAGGCGCAUCCACGAACGAUUUUUAUAUGCUCGAUGUCAAUGAUUUAGAAUGGAGAGGCCGAUCUUCUGGCGAUGAUGGUAGUGGAACAGAUGCUGGUACCAAUGGUGGUUCUGGUGGAUCCUCUUCUUCAGGACUUGAUGGCG